ACUAAAAUAACAAUAAACAUCCAUGGACCGCAAGAAAACGUAAACAAAACAAUAUUUUAGGCAAAAAUAUUGCAUUUUUUAAGAAAAUCAAAAUUAAAACCCGGCAUGAGCUGUAACUACGCGGAAGGACUAUCAGCCUACGACGACAAGGGAGUCCUAGGAGCUCCCGAGACCUUCGACAGCGACGAUAUAGUGACCGAAAAAUGCAAGGAACUGGUAGAAUUAAUCAAGAAAUCCGGUCAUGUGGUACUCCAUACAGGAGCUGGUAUUAGUACCUCUGCGGGAAUACCUGAUUUCCGGGGACCCAAAGGUGUUUGGACGCUGGAGGAGAAGGGCGAAAAGCCGGACUUCAAUGUGUCUUUCGACGAGGCGAAACCCACCAAGACGCACAUGGCGAUUAUAGCCCUGCUGGAGAGUGGCUUUGUGCAGUAUGUGGUGUCCCAAAACAUUGACGGAUUGCACCUGAAAUCUGGACUGGAUAGAAGAUUCCUCUCGGAGUUACAUGGCAAUAUUUACAUAGAGCAGUGUAAAAAGUGCCGGCGCCAGUUUGUGAGAUCCACAGCUGUGGAAACUGUGGGCCAGAAAUCUCUAGAUCGUCCUUGCAAGUCUUCCCUGGAGAGUCAAGGACGCAGCUGCAGAUCGGGUAUACUCCACGAUAACGUUUUGGAUUGGGAACAUGAUCUACCGGAGAAGGAUCUGGAAAUGGGUUUGAUGCACUCCACCAUUGCGGAUUUGAACAUAGCCCUAGGAACCACUCUGCAAAUCGUUCCAAGCGGCGAUCUUCCUCUGAAAAACCUCAAACGGGGUGGUAAAUUUGUGAUUUGUAAUUUGCAGCCCACAAAACAUGACAAAAAGGCCAACUUGAUCAUCUCCAGCUAUGUGGAUGUGGUUUUGUCCAAGGUCUGCAAGCUGCUGGGCGUGGAAAUUCCAGAAUAUUCAGACACAACUGAUCCCACAAAGCUUCCAAGUCCGAAUGAGUGGACCAUACCUAUGAACGAGGUGAAUAACUUUCAUAAACAUUACAAGAGUCGCGUGAAAGAGUCGAAAAUUGAGUCGAAAGCUAAGAAAACAAAGUAUGUUUAAGGAAAGAGAUUAUUAUAUACAACAAAAUUAAUUUAAAUUGAAUCUAAAAAUAUUCUCAAAAUUUUAAUUCCUUAAAUAACCUCAAAAUACUGCCUUGCAUGUUUUUAGAAACGCUUUAAAAUGAUUUUAAACCUCUGACAAGGUUAGGAGUAUACCUUAAUUCCUAAAAUACCUCCUACAUUUAUGUUUAAAUCUCUCGAAGUAUUUGUAAAUGUUUAUUUAACUCAUGGAAAUAAACCUUAGUUAAUUUUUAAAAACAAAUGACCACCACUUUGUGUUUAAAAUAAAAUAAUUCAAGUAAUGUUUAAGUUUAUGUUUGUAAUGCGGAAUUUGUAAACUUUAAAUUGCAUUUAUUAUAAUAGUAAAUGUAAAAUGUAUUUAAUUGUUUAGUUUAACUACUUUCCCUUAAAUUUCCUUUGUAAAAAAAGUAAACUUUGAUAAAUACAAAAGGUA